AUGCGAGAUAAAGUAGCACAAGUUCGACAACAAAUUGGUAAUGAAUUUACACGUGAACAAAUUGAAUUAGCAAUAUUAUUUUAUGAUUCUAAGGUUGAAGACACAAUAGAAGCGUUCAAAAAAAAUGGUGCUGAAGAUGCUUUAAGUGGUUGGACAGAAAUGAAUAAUCGUUCAUCGACAUCGCUACGUCGUGGUGGUGGAAGGGCGCGCAAUAAUAAUAAUAAUACUCCGCGCUCCAAUAACAACAACAACAACAACAACAACAAUCGUCUGUUACCUCCACCGCCAAUCUCAUCAUCAUCUUCUUCAUCACAGAUUUCCCAUGCAACUAAUGCUCCAUUGAGACCGUCACAACGUGUUUUAAACAUAUUUAAUGGAUUUGCGAACAAAACACAACUCGUACCCUCAAGUACAAAUGAUUAUUCUAGUAUCAUUUCAACGACUACACCCUCUACAUUAUCAUUGUCAUUAUCCUCACUAGCAGAUAAAAACAUUUACGUGAAUGAAACACCAUCGAUUUGCACAGAUAACAAUAAUACAUAUGAUCAACAACAAUCUUAUAUUUCAUCGUCAACAGAUGUUUCCUUUCAUCCUUAUUCCAGUCGGGAAUCACAUAGCUAUGAUGAAACAACGACUGUAGAUGAUUUACAAUCGUCGGUACAUAACAAUAAUAUAGAAUUUUAUGAUGCCUGCGAUGAUUAUUCUUCGAAUGAUCAACAACAAACAGCUGAAGACCAAAACGAUACUAUUGUAGAUAAUAAUAAUAACGUGAAUAACAAUAUAGAUAUUGAUCGAACUCAAGUAACAAGAAAUCUUCACAAUAACAAUAAACCGCAACCACAACGACGACGACCCAGUUUUCGUAAUACUCGAAAUCGUACUGGAUCAUCAUCAUCAACGAAUCUAACACAAGAACAACAACAACAACCACCAGAUCAAACGCUAGCAACACCAGCAGUUACUUCUACAACGACAACAAGUAGUUCAACUCAACAACAUCAAGAUGCGAAUGGAACGAUUGGAAAAACAACAUCGAAGACAGCCCUUAUGAAUAAUAAAAAAGUUUUGGGAAAAUCUAUUAAAGAUUUACAACGUCAAAAAUCAACAUUAGUAAAUGUUCAAUCAACAUUUGAUAAUGAAAUAAAACAAUCGCUUAAAAAAAUAGACGAAAUAUUUAAAGAAUUAACAGCCAUCAUCAAAGAACGUGAAGUACAAUUAUAUUUAGAAAUGGAUGAAGUUAAAAAACAAGGUUUAAAUCUAAUAAAUCGUCGUCAGCAACGUGCUAUUGAACUACGCGGACGUAUUGAUCGUUGUGAUCAUUUAGAUAUGUAUGGCAUAGAUGAUUUACGUAACGAUAUUAAACAAUUUGUUACAGAUAAACGAUAUGAUUUGGCUGAUGAACUGAGAACAUCACAUCGAUUCGAAUAUGACGAAAAUAUUAUUACGGUAUUAUCAAAUUUUGGAAGAGUAUUAAGAUUUGAUAGAAAAGAGAAAGAUCGAACGCGCACGGUUUCAUCACAAGAUAGUAGUGCAUUGAGUAAUAUACCCACUAAUGAUAUUACACUAAAUAACAAUAACACUUCACAGACAACCGAAACAACAACUGUAGUUCAAACACCAACUCUUAUGAAUGAUGAGAAAAUAUCGAUGGGUACUAUUGAUGAUGCAGAAGUAAUUAAUAAUGAACAAAAUAAUGAGCGAACAUUAUCGACAUCGUUGUUAAAUGAUAUUCAGUCACAACCGAUACAACAAAAGUCAAACAUAAAUGGAAGAUCUCAAAUAAAAGACCGAGGGACAGCCAUUUCUGUUACUCAUCCACGUAUAAAUAGAGAAGAUAAACAACAUCAACCACAACAAGUACCCGGCGAUCAACCGGUUUAUGAUGAUGAUUAUCUGGCAUUAACCAGAUCUCAACAACCACCGGUGCCAUCAAAAAAUCAUCCAUAUGGAAAUUCUCAUGGAAAUGGACCUCCGAAUGGAUAUUGGCAAGCAACGACGGGAUCACCACGUAAUGGAAGUGGUGUCAUGAAUCGACAACAACAACAACAACAAUGGACUAAUGGAGGAAUGGAUGAUUAUUAUUAUUCUCAAACAAAUGGUUAUAAUAAUGGUACCUAUGAAGAACCAAAUGGCUAUUAUGAGAAUUCAUAUAGUGGAGAUAUGAAUUAUUCACAGCAGAUGAACACUCGUCGACGACGACCGCGUCGUGUAAACGCAUAUCAAGGCAAUCAGCAACCACCACCACCACCGUCCCCAUCACAAACGAAUGGCACUGUUAAUUAUUCUGCACGAAAUACUCCUAACGGCUAUCGUUCUGGAAACGGAAAUGGACCAAUGACUCAAUCGAAUAACAACAACAAGUCAGACACUUCAAACAAUACAUCACCCUCAAAUCUUCCUAAUAAAAUCCUUAACAAUGUAAAUAACAAUCGUCGUGUAAAUAAUAAUGCCAAACAAGUGAAUGGAGGUGGUAAUGGUUAUGCAAAUGAUCAAUCACAACAACAUAAUGGAAACAAUAGCAACAGUGAAAUAAAUGGUAGUUCUAAUCAUAUGUCUAAUGGUUAUUCCAAUCGUCGUCAACCUCAACCUCAACACGAUAUACUUGAAGCAAGACAACCACGACCAAAUAAUCAAACAUUAACAAAUGUAUCGUCUCAGCAAUAG